GUCCAUUGUAUUCCGUGUUUCCCCUCAGACGUCGAAAUCUUCAUAAUCCAGUCAAUCACCAGAAGAAAGAGAAAGGGGGAGAGUAAUCGGCCUUGUCUGACUCCGGUCCUUACUGAAAAUGCAUCUGUCAGCUGUCCUCUAUGCACGACUCUGCACUGUAGUCCAUCGUAUGAGUUCUGGACAAUGUUGACAAUCUUCUGAGGAACUCUAUAGUGUUGAAGAAGUUUCCAUAAUGUUAUCCUGUUCACACUGUCAAACGCCUUCUCAUAGUCAAUGAAGUUGACAUGUAGUGAUGAAUUCUACUCAACUGAUUGUUCAGCGGUGAUCCAUAGUGUCGCAAUCUGGUCUGUGCACGACCGAUCCUUACGGAAUCCAGCCUGUUGAUCUCGAAGUCCAGUGUCUACUGCGUCUUUCAUCCGAUUCAGCAGCACUCUGUUGAAAACUUUUCCUGGUACUGUGAACAAACUGAUGCCUCUGUAAUUCUCGAAUUCGCUCAGAUCUCUUUCUUUUGGUAUCUUGAUAAGGUAUCCUUCUUUCCAGUCUGUUGGCACUUGUUCCUCUUCCCAAAUCUUCUUGUAUAGAAGGUGAAGUAUAUUUGCAGUUACUUCAAUGUCUGUCUUCAGAGCUUCAGCUAGUAUAUUGUCAGGUCCUGCCGCUUUUCCACUUUUGAUUUGUCUGAUGGCCAUCUUGACUUCUUCGAUCGUUGGUGGAGUGACAUCUAUCGGAAGGUCAUUGUGUGCUGCUUCGAUGUCCGGUGGAUUCAAUGGAGCUGGACUACUCAACAGUUCCUCGAAGUAUUCUGCCCAUCUUUUCCGCUGUUCUUGAAUCUCUGUGGUAGUGUUUCCUUCUUUGUCCUUGACUGGUCUCCCCGGUUUGCUAUAUCUCCCUGCCAAUUUUUUCGUUGCAUCAUAUAACUGUUUCAUAUUUCCUUCUCUUGCAGCUUUUUCCUCUGUCGUUGCUGUUUUUUCUGGUUAGCGUUUUUUAGCGACUUAGUUUUUCUACGGGAUGGGGUCGCUAACCCCAUGUCCAACCCUCCUCCUUUACCCGGGCUUGAGACCGGCAGUAACUUCAGAAAAGCUAUAGGCGUAGUUUAUGUCCUAAUAUAGCUCCAAUAAAUAUGCGGUUGAUAGCACAGCGUGUAUCAUAUUGAGGUUUCUAUAUAUAGGUUGCUUAAAAAACAAACAAAAUUAGAUUAUUUUUUCACGGAUUCAAAAUUGCAAGCCUGAAAAUAAUGAACAUUAUUUUUCUCUUUCUAACAGUCCUAGAAACCAUUAAAUUUAAUCUAAAUGUGAAUACUUACAAAAUAAUUUAAAAAACAGUAUAUUAUGUACCGUGUUCGUUUGUUAAUAAUUCGAACGUAUUGUUUACUCUCAAAUUAAUCUUUAUUAUUUUUAUCUGACUUUUUUUUCAGUCCCACAUGCUUCCAACUGAAUCUUCCUAUAUGAAAGUUUGUAGUGGUAAUGAAUAAGAGUGUACGAAACCGACCUUUACUUGUUUUUUGCCAUUGUUCACCUCUUAACCGUUGCCCAUAUUCCAGGUCUGUUUGUGUAUCGUCAACAGGAUGUUUUCAUUCAUUGCAUUUGGAUUUAUCACUUACAUAUGUGGAUGAUGAAUCGUAUGGGUGUUUUUCAAAUAAUACAAAUCAGGUUGACUUACUCUGCCGAAAUUCAAAAGUUGGCAGACAACUGUUAUAUUGUUGUUCCUCAAAUGAUGGGGAUUUAUGCAACCGGAACUCGAGUUUGCUAGAAUUAAUCCGUCCUGUGCAAAUAAAUCCUCAUGCCUUUACAUGGAAAUCUAUUUUGACAGCAGUGUUGUUCCCUACCUUUGCACUGUUUUGUGGACUUCUAGCCAUCAUGCUUUUCUGGAAGUACUUUUUGAAAAAACGAAUAGAAAACUACGAUCGCUACGUUAAUGAACUUAGCUACAAACGUCCCAGCUUCACCACGGAUAUCUACAAUUAUCUAUUGAAACUCAGUGAAGAACAGUUUUCGGAUCGUAAGUUAUCAUCUUAUGUCUUGCCCAGAAUGGGAGAUGACCUUUCUUCAAAAAAUACGCAUAAUCCUGAUCCUUCGUGUGAGCUGAUUAGCUGCACUAGUGGAAGCGGAAGCGGUCUUCCGUUCCUUGUUCAGAGAACUGUGGCACGUCAUAUUAGAUUGACAAUGUGCAUAGGAAAAGGACGAUUUGGUGAAGUUUGGAAAGCUACAUGUCAAGGUGAAACCGUUGCUGUUAAAAUUUUUUCUAGUCGUGAUGAAGCCAGCUGGGCUCGUGAAACAGAAAUUUAUAACACUGGAUUGUUGCGUCAUCCUAAUCUCCUGGCGUAUUAUGCUAGCGACAUGAUAUCAAGAGGUGGAUGCACUCAGCUCUGGCUAAUUACAGCGUAUCACGCUAACGGAUCUUUACACGACUUCAUCAGUCAUAGAUCAUUAAAAAUACAGGAUGGUUUGCGUCUGGCCAGCUCCAUUGCGGCGGGUUUGGCGUUUUUGCAUACAGAAAUAAAAGGAUUACAUGCUAAACCUUCUAUUGCACACCGUGAUCUCAAGUCGAAGAAUGUCCUUGUUAUGAAUGAUAUGACUGCAUGUAUAGCUGACUUGGGUCUUGCCCUUGUGAAUUUACAAAGUCCCCCAAUUGGACAAGCUUUUCUCAAUUUAUCUUCCUCAAUGCUAUCUAGUGGUGUUAUGUCUAGUGGUAUAACUCAAUCAGACAGGUUGUGCAGUGGACUUUCUGGUCCUUCCUCCUUAGGUCCUCCUCCUGCUGGACCUAGGGUUGGUACUAAACGUUACAUGGCACCUGAGUUACUCAUGGCCAUAGAUAUAACACACGCAUCAUCCAAUUCCGGCAACAACACGUCGGGCAUAACUAAUGAAAGUAUUGAUAGUCCAGACAGAAGUCACCAUUUGUCGUUUGAAGUUUACCAAGCUGCAGAUAUUUAUGCAAUGGCCUUAGUGUUUUGGGAAUUAGCACGAUGUACUCAGGGAAUAACAUCUGAAUUCGUUGAAGGAUAUCAGAUACCAUUCUGCGACAUGGUCCCUCCUGAUCCAACCUUCUCACAGAUGAGGGAUAUUGUUUGUGGCAAUAGUUUGACCAUAAGUGAUGAUCAACCGAACCAAUCAAACAGGAAUAACUCAAAUAUAAAUGCUAAAUCCCCCAAGAUAAGUCCAGAUUACGACAAUGUUAAUUGUAGGCCUCGUAUUUACCAGCGCUGGUUAGAUGACACCUACUUAUCCUGCUAUGCACAAGUGAUACAAGAAUGUUGGCAUGAUGAUUGGUCUGUGCGCCUCUCUGCUCUUCGUGUUCGUAAACGUCUGGGACAAAUUGAAGAUGCAGUUAGACAAUCGUUGAUCAGAAGAAGAGAAGAAAACAUUCCUUCUAAUGUAAAUGAAUUAUCAGUACUCCUAACUGGGGACCCAGAGGCUUUGGCUUGAUUUUCACAAUCUCUGAUAUAUUCAAGCUUAUAUAUUCAAACUUUGCAUUUAAUUUUGGUGUGGUAACUUCCCUAAAUAUUGUCACUUUAUAGGUAAUUCAAUAAUUCAAAUGCUUUUUUUG